CCAGUGAGCAUUACAACAUUUUGAUUCGCGAGAGAGAAACAGAUACAGAGACAAACAGGAGGUGAAGACUUCAAUCGUUCUUGAGGUUAGAGAUGGCUCGUACCAAGCAGACUGCUCGUAAGUCCACCGGAGGAAAGGCUCCUAGGAAGCAGCUCGCUACUAAGGCUGCUCGUAAGUCAGCCCCAACCACUGGAGGUGUGAAGAAACCUCACAGAUACCGCCCUGGAACUGUUGCUCUUCGUGAAAUUCGCAAGUACCAAAAGAGUACUGAGCUCCUGAUCAGGAAGCUUCCAUUCCAGAGGCUUGUACGUGAAAUUGCUCAGGACUUCAAGACUGAUUUGCGUUUCCAGAGCCAUGCUGUGCUAGCACUGCAGGAGGCUGCUGAGGCAUAUCUUGUGGGUUUGUUUGAAGACACUAACCUCUGUGCCAUCCAUGCCAAGCGUGUUACAAUCAUGCCCAAGGACAUUCAGUUGGCAAGGAGGAUCAGAGGUGAGCGUGCUUAAUCGAGCGUUGUGCUCAGGUGGUGGUGGUGGUGGUGGUGGAUUGUGGUGGAGGUGGUCCUUUACUGUUAAGCCAUAUAUAGAUUGAUAGUCUAAGUUUUUAGUGAAAUGGGUAGUGGUUGGUGUGCAGUGAUGUUUUUUAGGGGACCUAUUAUGGGUUUGCACCCGGCAAAUUUCUUUGUUUAGUUGUGUUUUGUGUUGUCAAACACCACUGGGGCGUUGAACAAUCAUCUAAUGUUUGCAUCUAAUGUUAGUAGGGGGGUUUGCGCUAAUUCUUCCUUCUUGAUAUUAUGUUUUGUUCAAUUUACUAGUUUUGAUUGAUGUUGAUGGAUACAAAUAUGUGAGUGAUGACAAUCAUGGUAAA